AUGGUGACACCUGUCACCGCGAAGCUGCUACUACCCGACGACUGGCGUAUUCACGACGCCUUCCACGUCAGCUUACUUCGCAAGUUCGUGCCUGCCACGACAGACAUCGCGCGCCAGAACGCCGUCCCGACAGCACGACCUGUCCCGGAACCGACACUUGACCCGUCCAAGAUUUUGGCGCAUCGUGUUCGGCUCGACGCUUCUGGACGCCACGUGGAUUUUCUAAUCCGUUGGACUGACCGCACCAGUGAGGACGACACAUGGGUGCCAUCCGCCUCGCUUGAAGCUUCCCCGCUUCUUGGUGAUUAUCUGGCCCGCAAGCGAGCUGACCACCUUGCUUAA